AUGAUUGCCAGGACCCUCUUGCUGGGUUCCGGUGGAGCGCCAUGCGGGCGGUUUGACAGCGCUAGCGUCGCCGGACCGAAAUCCGCGGGCCGGUGGCUUCUGGGGAGGCUUCGCGUCGUCGCCUCUGACCCUAUCCUUCCUCGUGAGUGGACCCCGCCUCCCGAGGAUCUGAGAUAUUCAUUGGAUAUGCAAAAGUACUGCAUAUCCAUUGCCCAUCCCAGACCAGCCCAGCUGACCAUGAACCACCCCGUCAAAUCACUCUGGCGCCAGGACGGCGGGCCCCGCGGAGCGACAACCCUAGGCUUGUAUGGCGUCGUCCAGCUCGAGGUCGGCCCGAUCAUGGCUCGAUCGCUACGCAUCAUUGAUCGAUCGUGCGUGCGGCGCCCCGGUUCUGCAUGCUCCGGUGCGUUAGUCAACAAGCCCCUCUGCCAGUCCGGUCUGCGUGUCCCGAGAAAUCAAAUAGAGUACGGCAAACGAUCAUCCGGAUAUUCGUCAAGGAUACGAGACGGAGCUAGUCGUCUGCCUCCUGCCUCGUCCCCUAUCUUAAGGAUGAUUCCAUUCAGGAUCGGUUGCCUCCACUCUUUUUCGCAGCAGUACACUAAGUACCUUUGUCGAGUGCUCCCCUAUGCACACGGAAACGACGGCCUCGAUUGCGAACAGACGUCCAUCCCUUUGUCCAGGCCUCUGAUUUGA